GCAGCACUUUACGAGGCGUCAUAGGCGCGGGUGAGGUCUCUCGCAUCGAUUUGUGGUCAUUUGAUUGCACCCGCAGCGCUGGUAGUGCCGCCCGGCGCGGUGUUGGUUCAUCAGCCUCCUGCAGAGGCUGCAGCGUGAUCAGCGGUGACAGCAGCCGCAUCGAUGGCGUAAGAUGUUCAUCGCCGUCGUCGAGGACCACCACGACGCCUUACCGUGGCUCCACGUCGCACUACGGAAGAAAGCGUUACCUCUCACAAACAUACACCUCGUUCAUAUAGACGCGCACCCAGAUUUGGGGUGCCUGCGGGACGCUUCGGCAAUAAAGGCGCCGCGCGUCUUGUACGACUUCCUCGACGAGUCGGAGUACGGCAUCUGCGAGUGGAUCUGGCCUUUAGUUUUGAAGGGCCACUUGUCAAAAAUAACGUGGUUGAAACCGACGUUCGCGGACCAGAUCGCUGUUGGUGGAUACGACAUCACCGUCGGUGUGGAUAAAGGAGGAGCCCUGAAGGUCGACUCGUCCCUGAGCUACUUCGUCGAGGAUAAGGCGUACAGCCAAGAAGUCUUAAGCGAAGCAAAAUGUUGUAGGUUGGACGUCACCGAAUCAUACAAAGAGGCCCUCUCCGUCGAGGGCCCUUGGAUCCUGGACGUGUGCCUCGACUUCUUUUCGUGCCGCGACCCGUUCGCGGGCGUGCCGCUCAAUGAAUCGAGGUUGACGGGGCCGCUCCCUUCCGGUGGCUGCGACGACGUGGAAGACUGUGUGAAAGCCGUCGACGCGUUCGAGGCGGCGCUGCUUUGUACAAAAUCGAACCCGCCCGCGAUGGUGACCGUCGCGCGGUCCGCGCGGGACGGCUACUGCCCUCCCUCACUAGUCGACGAGCUCGAGCGGCGCGUUGUUGAUGCCGUCGGCCGUGUGUAUGGCGACCCGCGCGUCUGCCGCGACGUCGGCGGGCGGCUGGCGCUCGACCCGGGUGAAGUUUCGAGGGCGUUUCCCCCGGCGCGGAAGCGGCCGCGGUAAAGUUUUGUUAGCAGA